AAGCCGCCAAUUUGAUGCCAUGCGGGCAGAAGGUAGGCAAUUCUUCCUCUAUAGUCUGUAUUAGUCACUUUCGUUCUUGCGUCAUUUUUUCUCUUAGACUCGAUUUUUGACUCUUCACUUGCCCUGCUAGCAAUUUGCCCAAUUUAACAACCACCCCUUGUUUACCACCGUCUUUUCUACCAACAAUGGCUUCUAUACGUGUCGCUACCGCUUCGUUCAACACCUUUGCUGCUCAGGAUGCUGCUUCUGUUACCGCGCCACCAACCGUGGCUAUCGCGAUUCCUAGCCCCACCAAGGGCAAAAACGCCGGCAUGGCCCGCCGAGUGUCGUUCAACCUGAACAACACCAGCGUGCUGCAGCUGCCAAGCAACACGGCGAUUGGCAAGAUCGCGGCGGCGCGAAACCGCCGCUCGAGCAUGGAGAACAUGUCCAUGGCGGAGAUGCGCCAGGCGCAGGCACUGCUGCCGCACGGGGCUUCGCCUGAUCUGCUGGAUCCAGGAUUCACAAUGACCUCGCUGUACGUCAAGCGCGGGCACAUCCACGCGCUCGAGCACCUGUCGCUUGGCGACAGCGACGACGGCUCUGACCGACCGCCAGUCAGAGGCGUGCUGAAGCCGUUCCAGCCGUCGCCGGUCGACACCCAGCUGCUGAUGACUGGGCUGCCGAGUCUGAUGCCCGACGAUGGCACCGACGAUGACGACCGGUCGAGCUCGGAUGACAAUGGCGGGCAGAUUGAGCCAGCGCAGCCAGCUGUGGCUGGAGCCGGAGCCAAGGGCCAGCGCAAGCAAAAGAAGCGUGGCAAGAAGGGCGCCAAGAGCGCGCAAAAACAAAAACCCAAGGCGGCGGCAGGAGCAGUAGCGCCAGCAAGCCCGACGGCCCCGCCGCGGGAAGGCAAAAACAAUGUAAUGUAAUUCUAUCUCUUUGUACUUUUUCUCUCUUAUACUGGCUUCUGUGAGGUGACGGGUCUUCCCAGAUAUCGGCUUCGCCUCGCUUGGCCCGCGUCUGGCUAUCUGUCCGAACCCUCGCACAAUAAACAGCUUUUCGCUCUUUCUGCAUUGAUAGCAAAUGGUAAC